CUCAAUCUUAAACUGCUGCGAAUCCCAUAUGUGUCCGACCCAAAAACGGAUAAAGCAAACUUCCAAGUUCCCGCCAUAACUACACGAUAUUGCUAGGGUUUCCGAUUUCGUUGAAUUCACCGAGAGAAAUGGCGGUUCCUCUCUUCAAUCUUGCUCCUGAUAUGACCGUAUCCAGGCUAUGCUUUGGAAGCAUGACGUUUGGUGAACAGAAUUCGCUUGGUGAAUCCUUUGGCCUUCUUGAUAAAGCUUUUGAUUCUGGCAUUAACUUCUUCGAUUCUGCAGAAAUGUAUCCGGUGCCGCAGCGUGCUGAGACUCAGGGAAGGAGCGAAGAAUAUCUGGGUCGUUGGAUUACAGACCGGAAAAUUCCCAGAGAUGCCGUUGUUUUGGCUACUAAGGUUGCUGGGCCUUCUGGACAGAUGGCUUGGAUCAGAGGUGGGCCAGAGUGUUUGGAUGCUAAGAAUAUUUCCGAAGCUAUAGAUAAUAGUUUAUUGCGCCUGCAAACUGAUUAUGUUGAUCUUUAUCAAAUUCACUGGCCUGAUCGGUACGUCCCCAUGUUUGGAGAAAUUGAAUAUGAUCCAACUAGACAAUAUUCUUCUAUCCCUAUGGAGAAGCAGCUUUAUGCACUCACUAAAGCGGUUGAAUCUGGCAAGGUCAGAUAUAUUGGACUGAGUAAUGAAACACCAUAUGGUGUUAUGAAGUUUCUUCAAGUUGCUGACAGAAUUCAGGGCUGUCCCAAAAUAGUGUCCUUGCAGAACUCGUACAGUUUACUUUGUCGGACAUUUGAUUCUGCUUUGGCUGAAUGUUGUCAUCAUGAGAGCAUCUUCUUGUUAGCCUAUAGUCCUCUGGCUAUGGGAAUACUAUCAGGUAAAUACUUCAUGGGUGAAGGAGGUCCAGCAGAUGCUCGAUUAAAUCUUUUCAGAGGGAGAUACCAAGAGGGUGAAUCUAGAUAUAAUUUAUCAAGUCCUGUAGCAAGGGUAGCCACUAGGGAAUACCUUCAGAUUGCAGAAAAGUAUGGACUUCAUCCAGUUUCCAUGGCAAUAGCCUUUGUGUUGGCGCACCCUCUUGUAGCAAGUGCUGUAUUUGGUGCUACCAAGAUGUGCCAGCUUCAGGAGAUUCUGAAUGCAUGCCAAAUUAAGCUAAGAGCCGAAGUAAUUGCUGAGAUUAACCAGGUUCAUUCUAGAUUUCCAAAUCCAUGCCUUUAGAAUUUAGAAUUGUUCAAGCAACAUAUUUUUUUGGAAUUUUUUCCUAUUAGAUUAGCCAGGCAAGCUUGGUUGUUGCAUUAGUUUUUUAAUAAUAGGUGAAACAUAGUUUGAUUCACCUAACUGUAUAUUUUAUUUGUAUAAUAUUUAAUAAUGCACAAUUCGAGAUGUUGUUGCUCGAAUUAGCGCAUUGACAUGUGAAAAAACAAAUGGAAAGAUAAUCAUUAACAAUUUUUAUGGGGACGGAGGGGGUAAUAAUCAAUGAAGUUUUUGUUAUUUCGAAGUAACUUUGGA